AUGAAGUACGGGCUUGAAUUACAAAAUAACAUUUUUCCACCAUGGCGAUUGUCCUAUGUGGCGUAUGAUGUUCUCAAGCAAGAGCUCAAGAGCCGUCAGCUUGACCAUGGCUGGACCGAACAAGAUGAACAUGAUUUUGUGCACUUGCUUGAUAAUGAGCUGACCAAAGUGUAUGAUUUCAUCAAUGCCAAGCUAUCUGAGAUUGAUGCACGGAUCCUUUAUUGUGAGCGCACCAUUCAGACAUUGCAGCACAACCCGACCAUGCAAACCGAUGCAAGUUACCAAAUCAUGGAUGAAGCGCUCACCGAGAUCCUCUUUGAUGUGAACGACUUGUCACGGUUCACGCGUGUCAACUUUAUUGCCAUCCAAAAGAUCCUCAAGAAACAUGAUCGGUGGACAGGUCUCGAUCUCAAGCAAGCCUAUGUUGACAAGUUGCGUGACAAGCCUCUUGAUAAUCAACGUUUUGAUGUGGCCAUUGUCUACAUUUCAGCCCUUCAUGAUAUUUGUCGUACGCGUGGUGGCAAGAAACGAGCUCCGGGUGAAGGUGUCAAUGCCAACGGCGACCAAAAUGCAUUUGAACGAGCCACUGCCAAGUAUUGGAUUCAUCCCGAUAAUAUUACAGAAGUCAAGGCCAUCAUCAUGUUGCAUUUGCCGGUGCUUAUCUUUAAUCGCAACAAAAAAUGGGAGCCUGAGGAUUCAGCCAUUUCAAGUGUGUAUGUCGACAAUGACAACUUUGACUUGUAUCAAGGUCGAUUGCAACGUGACGAAGGUGCUGAAGCGAUUCGUUUGAGAUGGUAUGGUCCGUAUGACACAAAGAGUGUAUUUGUGGAGCGUAAAACACACCAUGCGGCGUGGCUGGAUGGUGCUUCCGUCAAGGAUCGGUUCCGAAUCAAUGAAGGUCGGGUAAAUCCCUUCCUGGAGGGAUCAUACACAGCUGACCAAAUUGCACAAGAAUUGCGUUCACAAGGACAAGAUGCAUCGACGGUGGAUAACGUUCACUUUAUUGCCAAUGGUGUUCAAACCUCAUUUCGGGAGAAACAACUACGCCCCACCUUGCGUGUCUUUUACAAUCGCACUGCUUUUCAAUUGCCGGAUGAUCAAAAGCUGCGUAUUUCACUCGACACCAACUUGACAUUUAUCCGUGAAGAUCAUUUGGAUGGUGUUCGACGACGUGAAAAAGACAAUUGGCGACGAAAGGAUGUGGACAUUGAUCCACCCUUUAGCUAUCUUCCCGAAGAUGAGAUUUUACGAUUCCCUUACGCUGUCCUUGAAACCAAACUUCAAACACAUCUUGGUCAAGAACCACCUGCUUGGUUGACAUCCUUGGUGGAAAGCCAUUUGGUCCAUGAAGUACCACGCUUUUCCAAAUACUUGCAUGGUGCUUGUCAUUUCUAUCGUGAACGCUUACCCUUGUUGCCAUGGUGGCUAUCCGAACUCAAUGUGGACAUUCGCAAGCCUCGUAACGAAAAUACCGGUCUUACCCGUUCACGCAGCUUCAAGCCUCUCAUUGAUGGUCGUUACCGCCGUGCCAUGAUUGAAGAAAAGGAGCGUGCCAAUCAAAUCGCUGUGGUACGUCGUGGAUCACAACGUCAACAACAAGAGCCACAACGCCUUGCUGUUGUCUCUGAAGAAACAAGCAGCAGCAUUGCACGUCCCUUAUCAUCCAGUGAAACACUCACACGCACAUCACCACCCACACCGGCACCUACAAGCAAGGAUCCUUUACGUAAACGAUUGCUGGAUGAUGAUAAAGAUACACCACCUGCUUGGCAACCUGUACGUAAUAGCGUGGUCGCCAUUGGUGUGCCUGUGGAUGAAAAACCAAACAACGGUGCUUCAAGUGCAGCAGCAGCAGCAGGCGAUAAUAGCAGCAACGACAAGCAACGGAAAAAGUUCAAGGUGCCUUUCAUGUGGAACAACAUGCUCAAUGAAGGUCAACCCAACGAACGUCAAAAGGUCAAGGUGCGAGUCGAACCCAAGGUCUUUUUCGCCAACGAACGUACAUUUAUUUCUUGGUUACAAUUCUGUGCCUUGUUGCUUACGGUGGCCUUGUCAUUACUUAACUUUGGUGACAAUACAAGUCGUAUCAUUGGUGGUAUCUUUAUUGGCCUGGCAGCCGCUGUAGCUAUCUACGCUCUCUAUCGCUUUGAGAAACGUGCUUGGAUGAUCAAUCGUCGUGUCGACGGUCGCUACGACGAUCUUUGGGGUCCUGCUGUUCUUUGUACACUUCUUGUCGGUGCCCUUAUUGUCAACUUUUAUCUACGUUUCCAUUAG